AUCAUCGCCUAUAUCAGAUAUAGUCUGUCGAAGUAGUCGUGUGUAAAAUGUGCUUAAAAGUGCGGAAAGUGAUUCACUGUCGAACAAGAGCUACUUGAUCGAACUCAGUGAUGCUACUUAGAGUGACUAUGGUUGUUUUACUUCUUCCUUUCUCUUCUGCCGGCAGCAACGACUCUUUUGACAACUCUAUCCUGAAGUACAAGACUUGGCCAAUCGGCGAUUGUACCGGUUUGAUUCCAGAAGGCUCCAAAAUAUGCAAGGAAAUUAUAAAUACGAAAGAAAACUGUAAAAUUUGCAAUGACUCCGGAUGUACUAUUCAUGUUGCGGUAUUAUUUCCUGCCAAUACAGCUUACAUUUUAAACCUGAAUAGGACAGAAAAGAUAAUAGUGGAGGCUGCUAAAGACGUUCAACGUUUCGUUCCAGAUAUCAAGUUUGACAUUAGAGCUUUAGACGAUGGUUGUAAGUCUGAAACAGGUCUUGGUCAAAUUAUUGAUGCCAUUGACUGGUGUCCGCAUGUUAUAUUUGGACACACUUGUGAUUAUGCUUUAGCUGGAGUAGGGCGAAUAGCAAAACUCUUAGGCAAUUCAGGCGUGCCACUUUUAUCACCAGGUGGUUUUACUCUCGACUUCACCUCUAAUCAAAAGUUAGUAAUGGACGAUGAAUUCUAUCACCUUGUUAAUGUAGGAUCAGCUGGAUAUGCCUCAUUUGGCGAAUUUUUGCAUUUAAUUGCGGACAGGUAUGACUUUAAGAGAUUUGCCUUAUUUUAUGAAAAGCAGCAACAGAUUGAAAUGGCAGGAGAAGAUGCGUGUUAUUUAUUAGAAAAAACAUUGUUGCAAGAAUUUGAAGGUACUAACCUAGAUUAUUCUGCAAGUGAUAUUCAGUUGCUUAAUAUUACGUAUGAAAGUUUUUUACGUGAGAAAGUGGGAGUAGACUAUGCAAUUGUACUAACAUGUGCCAACCACUCGAAUAUCCGAGAAAUAGCUAUUAAUGCAGCUAAGAUAGGGAUGAUGGAUCGGGGGGAAUACUUGUUCCUUAAUUUUGCUCUUUAUAAUAAUGCCCCAGAACCAGAUAGACCCUGGUAUGAUGAAAAUGAUAUAGAAAAUAACGAAAUGGCUAAAAAAGGAUUUGGGUCAUUUCUUACUUUCUACCCAUACAGAGAAGCAGAGUUUGAAAAAGUUAAAAAUCAGUCAGUGAGAGGAUCAUUUUACUUAGAUGAUCUUUAUGAAAGCAUGUUCAUUUAUGCUCAAACCUUAAGCAAUAUGACUGAGAAUAACGCAGAGAAAACUGCCGCUCUUAGAGGCUGUGAUAUUGUUCAGUACAUCAAAGGUAAAACUUUUACAGGUAAAAAUAACGAGGAAAUUAUAGUAAACUGUAACUUGCAAAGAGUGGAGGAAUACGCUUUAGUUGCGCAAGAUGAGGAAGGAGUUUCAAAAGUAAUUGGAAUUUACUCAGCACAAAAUAGAACUAUAAAUGAAUGGAAUCCUAAUUUUUCGUUUCCUCCUGAUACACCUAAAUGUGGAUUUGAUCUCUCAAAAUGUCCUACAUAUAAUAAAGUAAAUGUUCUUCUUAUAAGUCUGAUUAGUUCUAUAUUUUUUGGUUUAAUAGUAUUUUUAGCUGUAAUUUAUAGGCAUUAUAAGCUUAAAGCAGAAAUAUAUGCCCAGUCAUGGAAAGUUAAUUAUGAUAAUAUUGUUUUUUUCUCAACCGAUAGGAGAAACAGUAUUCACUCAAUUGGAUCUAAUAAAGAAAUUGACGAGAUGAGCUUAGCUGGAGAUAACCAGUUGUUCGCUCAAAUAGGAUUCUAUAAUUCCAUUCGCGUAGCGAUUAAAAAACUACCCGAAUUAAAACUUAGCCUAACCCAUAAGCAACUUUAUGAACUUAAAGUUAUGAAAGAUUUAUCUAACGAUAAUUUAGUUAAGUUUUAUGGUGCAUGCAUAGAUGUACCUCAUAACUGCUUACUCGUAGAAUACUGUCCAAGGGGCAGUCUUCAAGAUAUACUUGAGGAUCAACAGUAUAAACUGGAUUGGGCAUUUCGAAUGUCUCUUAUUAUGGACAUAGUUAGAGGCAUGCAUUAUUUACAUGCUAGCCAUAUUAAAUCUCACGGAGCAUUAAAAUCCUCAAACUGCUUGGUGGAUAGCAGAUUUGUUUUAAAAAUUUCAAAUUUUGGUUUACACUUUUUAAAAGGAAAUGAUAAGUAUGUGAAUUCUGAGGAUUCUUAUGAGUACUGGAAAAAAUUUCUCUGGACAGCACCAGAACUCCUACGAAUGCCUAACCCUCCACCAGAAGGUACGCAAAAGGGGGACGUUUAUUCGUUUGCUAUUAUCAUGGAAGAAAUUAUUAUGAGAGAGGGUGUUUUUUAUAUAAAGGACUCUAAGCUUGAACCUAAAGAAGAGACUACACCAAGUCCAGGCGGUUCCCGGACUACAAGUCCAAGACGUCCGAUCAGUCCCUUACUUGAGGUUUCAAGACCAAUUUGUACCAUUCAAUGCAGCUUUUGUAAUAGUUGGCUACUAAGUCGAUUUGGUAUUACAUCAACUACUCCUCAAACCAACAUUGUUGAACUUGUGCGGAAAGGUCCAGCCGCCAAUAAUGGAUCACCACUUCGUCCUACCGUUGCUCGAGAAAAUGAUCAAGAUGAUAUGGGUGAAAUCGAAAACAUCAUAGACAAAUGUUGGUCUGAAGAUCCGCAUGAGCGUCCAGAUUUUGUUAAUAUGAAAGCCAAACUCAGACAGUUGAGUAAAAGAGACAACGAGAUGAAUCUUUUCGAUAACUUGCUCAGACGUAUGGAGCACUACGCUAAUAACCUGGAGACUCUGGUACUCGAUCGAACAAAAGAUUAUUUAGAAGAAAAACGCAAAUGCGAAGAGGUUCUUUACCAGCUUUUGCCAAAAAGUGUAGCUCAGCAGUUAAUUAUGGGACAAUCGGUCACAGCCGAGGCGUUCGACUGCGUUACUAUCUAUUUUAGUGACAUAGUUGGAUUUACUGAAUUAUCUGCUGAAAGCACACCUUUACAAGUUGUAGAUUUACUCAAUGAUUUAUAUGGAUUAUUUGAUGAAAGACUUGAGCACUAUCAGGUGUAUAAGGUGGAAACCAUUGGAGAUGCUUAUAUGGUUGUAUCAGGAUUACCAGAACGAAACGGUGAAAGGCAUGCCUAUGAAAUUAGUCGAAUGGCAUUAGAUCUACGAGAAUCAGUUAGGCAAUUUAAAAUUCGGCAUAAGCCAAACCAUCCUUUGCGGUUGCGUAUAGGCAUUCAUAGUGGACAAGUUGUUGCAGGGGUGGUAGGGAGAAAAAUGCCGAGGUACUGUUUGUUUGGAGAUACAGUUAAUACUGCUUCGAGAAUGGAAAAUAAUGGUGCCCCCUUUAAGAUUCAUAUUAGUGAAGCUACAAAAAAAAUCCUCGAAAGAGUAGGUCAAUUUGAAAUUGAACUACGGGGUGAAGUAGAGUUAAAGGGUAAAGGAAAAAUGACUACUUACUGGUUAAUAGGGGAAAAAGAAGGAAAUAAAUUCAAAGGAAGUGAUGAUCUCAUAGUCUCCCAGGGAUAUCCACUGCGUCCAGGUACCCCUCGGUUACAAAAAGCUUUCCAAGAACAAAUUUUUGAUGGCAGAUAUAUUGAAGGGAAUGGAUUUAUUCCUGAAAGUUCAACAAGGCAUAUUUUAUUAGUCGAAAAUGCACGAUCUGUAUCGCAAUCAAAAAAGACCCACGAAGAAUCAGAGGUUCCUUUACUAUCCAUCACCCAACCUUCCCUAAAUGUACAUAACUGAAUUUGUUUGUUGUGUUUUGUUCAAAGUGUUCGAAUUGUUAUUCCUAUAGUCACCUGACUAAUGACUAAAAAGGUAUUUAAUUUAAAUAUAUUAGCUUACUAGGGCAUGACACCUCUCUAUAUAUUGCAUAUUACCUAAUUUUGUGGCAAAUACUUUUGUGGAGUCAGUUGACUGAACUAUAAGAAUUUUACUUCAGUUACCUCUUUAACAGUAUCUCCAUAAGAGCAAUUUUAAAUAAUAUAUCAUAUUAAAAUUACUCACAUAUCAAUUCUUGCAUAUUUCAUGUAAUAUUUGACCCCAUACCUACCUUCUACAGAUAAAAUAGCGAUGACGUGUAACAAGGAGGAAAGUAAACUGGAAGUCAAAGUCUCACAAGUGUAGCGUCUAACUCAAAGUUAAUAACGAUACACCAUGUAGUUUCACUUAUACCUGUAUGUUAUUAUAAGAGUUCUUUAAUGUGUGUUAUUGUAUCAUACUUAACCUGAGGUCUGAUGAUUGCGCAAUGGGUAACCUAACCAAUAGUGGGUUUUGACUUCGAGUUUCUUUUCCCCCUUGUUACAUCUUAUUAAAGUCAUGACGGCCUACGUCGACAGUUAAAAAGGUCAGCAGAAACAAUGCCAUCGCGCAAUAAUUCCUAGCAUUUUUAAUUGCGAGGGGCAAAAUGCAAUAAGUUUGUUUAGAUUUAAAAAGAUAUUUUAUUUUCGUUUAUAGAAUAUUAAUCACCUAGGGAGUAAAAGUUAUUUUUCCAUUACAAAAGUAACUUAACAUAACAACGAAACAUAACAACGAAAAUAACAGCUCCAAAAGCUGAACUUGCGGAAUAUUCAAGUAAAAAAAACUAGGCUGUUAUCAGAAAAGUUUAAUAAAAAUGUUCCAUUAUACCAAAAACGAAAUAUUGUUUAAGCGCUGUUUAUUAUUAUUUAUUUUUAGCAUAAGGCUUGAAAAUUGUAUCUGCUUUAAGAAACACUUUAAAAAACAGUAGCUUUUCUGUGAUAAGAACUACUGGCCCCAGUAAAAUGUGUGACUAAUUACCCCUUUCGCCUCUUUAUAUAAUAAAGUUUUUUAAGUGUAAGUCCGUACUAAAAUGGAGCUGAAAGAUUGUUAGUCCAAUUACAAGUUUUGGCAAUAAGCUUAAACGUAAUUUUCUCUAGCGGCAUUUCUCGCAACCGAUAGAAGCAGAUUUUAAGGACAAAGAACAACUGUAUAACUUAGUAAUAAUAAUUCACUAUACAUUAUUCUUAGAUCCUUCCGUGGGUCUCUUUACCUUUUAGUCAAUGUGUUUGUAGGCUUUCUUUCAAAACCUGUUCCCAGUCAUUUCCUAGAUGUUUCCAGAUAGAGUGUUUCCAAUAAAAGAACGCUCACACUAUUUAUUAUAAAUGAUGCUGUGUAGCCAAAUUAAGAAAAAAAUCCCCUUACAGCUUUAGUAUACUAGAAAGACAGAAUAACUUAUGUUGCUAAGACGUUGUGAGGUAACUCAGAAAGUUGCAACUCAAGGGGAAAUAAUUGUUCUUAAUUUACCAUAUAGUCCAGAUAGUUAAUAAUCUCUAGUUAGGUAAAAUAAGAUUAUAGCAAAAAUAUACAUAUUUUCUUAAGUUUUAGCAGAGAAAAUGAUUUCACAUUAUUUAAAUAAUAGACGGAAAAUAUGUCUCUUAGAAACUGCUAUGAAUUGAAAAUACACAUAAUAUGUAGGCCGAUUUUGAUGAUGAGAUUAUUAGAGGAAUUGUAGUAUCAUAGCAGUUUCUAAACUAUACUUUAGAAUGAAUAAACUAUGUUAUAGAUAGCUAUUUUUUAGGGCAAGAGUCAAAGAAGCUCAUAUUCUUAUUGCCUUUUUUUUUGUUUUCAUUAUACAUAAUUGUAACAUUUACGUACAAUUAAUAGAUUAUAUUUUUUUAUUUAAUUACUAUAUUGUAAUAAAUAUUUAUUUAAAUAAUGUUUUAUCUUAUUUAAAUAUAUUACACUGUUGGUUAUGAUUAUAGAAUGAAGAUCACAGGGGAACUAAAGGAUUUUUGUUUGCACAAAUGUUUAUAAUUGUUAAUUAAAUGUUGUAUGAAAAACUAUAUUCCAAAAUAAUAUAUGUAAUAUAUGUGCGUUAAAAUAUU